AUGGUCGUCCUAAACUUCACCCUGCGGCCCGAGGCUCUGGCCGCCCUGCACGAUGCCCUGGUCUGCCUCGCCAAGUUCAGCGACGCUGUGUCGCUCGAGGCCCGCCGCGAGAAGCUCUCCCUUACAGCCCUCAACUCGUCCAAGUCCGCAUAUGCCUCCUUCGCUCUCGACUCCUCCGCCUUCUUCUCGUCCUACAAGUUUGCCCCUGCCACAGCAAACGUAGACGGGCGCUUCACCUGCCGUGUCUACAACAAGGCGCUCCUCUCCGUCUUCAAAGGCCGUAUCAUUGAUCCGCGUGGAAAGGAUACCACCGUCGACCGGUGCGAAGUCAGCUUACAAGACAGACCCGAUCAAGCAGAAUGCCGCCUGAUCAUCAAGAUGCUCUCCGACCAAGGGGUCACCAAGACCUACAAGCUGACGUACGAGUCGGUGGAGGUUAUGCACGCAUUGUUUGACAAGCAGUCCGCCCAGAACCGUUGGUCAAUUCACUCCUCGGCACUGAGAGAGGCAAUAGACUACUUCGGCCCUAAGACUGAGCAGCUGGACAUCUACGCCGAGAACGGGCGCGUCACAUAUACAAGCUUCACUGAAAAGAUCACCAAUGACAAAGGCAAGCCUACGGCAGACUUCGAGCACUUCGCCGCUGCCGAGCAGAUGCACAUCGUCAUCAGGGUCAAAGACUUCAAAGCCAUCGUCACCCACGCCCACCAUCUGCGCGCCUCCAUACAGGCUUACUACUCGCAACCUUCGCGCCCGUUACAGUUCAGUUACGAUAUGGCUGGCAUUGGUGUUCUCUGUGAAUUUACCCUCAUGACAAUCGGGGACCCGCAAGAUCAAGUGAACAGCAGCAGCACCACUCCCCGUGUGAUAUCUACUCGCUCUGCUACUACAUCCGGAGUGCAUCCCACAACUGCACGGUCAACGCCUUCUGCCGCUGACAGGCAGCGUACUACGGCAAUGCCUCCCCCAGCCGCGCCCGUCUCUCGUGCCUCGAACAAACAACGCAGAGCGCCCAUCGGCUCGGCAACACGACCUUCGCAGCAGAAGAUGCAUGCUAACGAGGAUGAAGAAUCACUCUUUGUGCCCUAUGGUGAUGAGGACGCGCGUUGGGACCCGGCAGGCUACGGCGAUGAUGACGAGGAGACACUUGGCUGGGACGCAAGCGCAGAUCCCGGUGCAUGGAAUCCAACCGUCCGAGACAGUGCAUCGACGGCGGCGGGUGCGAUGGCCAGGAGUGACACGGGGGAGACAGAAGCGGAUGGACUGGCUCCUACACAGAGGUUGUCACAAAUUCGAGGCCUGUGGUGA